AUGUCAAAGGUUGAGCAGUUAAAGAAACAACUAUUUGAAGCACAAAGAGAAGAAUCAAUGAAAAAAGCAGCAGAAAUAUCGCAAUUAGGUUACUAUGGGUCAUCAAACGACAACUUUUCAUGCAGUUUAUUAAAACAAAUUAUAAGUAAGUGCAACUCUCAGCAAGCAAUAAAUGAUAUCAAGAAAUAUAUUCUAACCUACUUCCUCAAGUUAGCAGAUUCACAGUGUGUAUUGAUGUGGGAUCCAAUGAGCAAGAAACACAAGUCAUUUAAGUACAACGAGAUUCAAUCAAUGUAUUUCAUCAAAUCUUUGGUUGUAAAAUAUGAAGGUAAUACAUUUAAUAUCAGAAAAUGGUUCUUUGAAGACUAUGACUAUUUCUUCACACCACAAUGGAGACCCUCAUCAACCACUCGAUAUAACUACAGCGAUAGAGAUUCGUUUGAUGAACAGAUGAAGAAAGGUAUUUUCAAAAGUAGUAUGAAGAAAGCAAUCGAAAACAUUUGGGAUCAUAUCUACAUAUCAUGGUGCUCAAGAAACAAGAAUCAGUUUUCAUACGUUCGGAUGUGGAUAUCAAAUUUAAUCAAAGGAAAGAAGAUGAGAACUGCAUUGUACUUAAAGAACUCAAUGGAAGGAACAGGUAAAGGUAUCAUCACCAUCUUUUUAUUAUCAGUGAUAGGGUUAUCAUCAAUUAGAGUACAAUCAACUAACUUUCUCAAAUCAGAUGGAUACAAUAGUUUAAUGCUUGGAAAGUUGUUUAUUUUAUUGGAUGAAAUGCCUUGUUCAAGUCAAGCAGCAUGGAAUGAAAUUAGUGAUUCACUCAAAGGAUAUAUCACUGAAGCAAAGAUAACGAUCAGACAAAAGUAUGUUGACGAUUUUGAAACAAACAACUGUGCCAACUUUAUGAUCACAACUAACAAUAAUGCAAUCAGAAUACAAUCACCAAAACAAAGAAGAUAUGUAAUAUUGGAUCUAUCAACAGAACUCGUAGGAAAUAAAGAAUACUUUACUAAAUUAGCACAGAUUGUUGAAGAUUCAUCGGUAAUGGAGGCAUUUUAUUGGCAUUGUAUGGACAUAGAUACCUCCAAGUUUAACGAGGAUAAUAUACCAGAAUCAUUGCUAUCAGAGGGUAUGAUUUCUGAUCACUUACCUCCAGUCAUGAAAUAUAUCAAGAACAAUUAUGUACUCAAAGGAAACAACAUCUCUUGUGAUAGAGGUAUGAGAAGAGUCUGA